AUGGGCAACAAUCCGUCCAAGGGCCCUUCUGGCGAUGGGCCAGAUGGUCACGUCCAUCAUGGAUCCGCUGAGCGCAAGGUAGCGCGUCGCACUUCCUUGAACGCGAUGCGCCACCAGAAAGCGACCGCAGCCGAUCCAUCAGCGACAAGGGAGACCGCGGCGGGACAUCCAGCAAACUACCAGGGCUCACCGUCACAUCGCCGUCACUCUCGCAACCCACCUCAUUCGCCCGGCAGAAGCAUGAGUAAGCCGUCGGGGCCAGAUGGGAGACGGCAAGAUUAUGCGCAGGGUAGGAAGUCUCUACCAGAAGAUCAGUCGAACCCGAUGCAGGUGCCCAGCGCCCGCCAGGGUGCGGGGCGCGAUCCAGUGGCACCGUCGGGCCCGCCGCUGAGCUCGUACUACAGCGCCUCACAACACCUUCAGAGGCCGCCUCGCAUGCCAUUGCCAAUUGGAGAUGCGACGACGACGCCUGGCUCCCCAAUCAGUGGGCCCGAGGACUCGCAUAUUCAAUCGAUGCCGGCGGAUCAGCUACUGAAGGAGCAGUUGGAGAAGGGAGUUUCAAAUUUGAGCAGUGUGACAUUGGAUGGUGAAGAAAUUGUGGACGAGCUCCCAUCGUAUGCUUCUAGCGGAGUCGGGAAAGCUGUGCCGACCUACAUCGAAUGGUCUGGCCCUGGACAGAAGGUCUAUGUCACAGGCACUUUUGUCAAUUGGGAGAAAAAGUUCAAGCUACACAGAGGUGACGGCGAAAAUGCCACCAUGUCGACGACGCUCAACUUGCGGCCCGGUACCCAUCAUCUCAAGUUCAUUGUCGAUGGCGAAAUGCGAGCUUCAGACACACUGCCAACCGCUGUUGAUUUUACAAAUCACCUCGUCAACUACAUCGAGAUCAGUGCCGACGAUAGACAAGACAGUAUUCCCUCCGGCAUCCAAGCUUCUCAGACCGUCUCGGACAAUGUGAACAAUGACGAGACGACGGACGAGCCGCAAAACAAGGAACCCGAGGAGGAGGUUCCCCCUGGUAACUUUGGCAGGGCAAUUCCUCAAUUCCUCGCCGAUCUGGACAAGGAGGAAGAUAGUACUGCUUACAUCCAGGCGGCGAAUGUCAUCAGCGAUACUCCUACGCCCCCGAGUCUGCCAUUGUUCCUGGGCAAGUCCAUUCUGAACAGCAAUACACCCACCAAGGACGAUAGCAGUGUCCUGAACUACCCAAACCACACGGUCUUGAACCACCUUGCCACAAGUAGCAUCAAGAACGGCGUCCUGGCCACUAGUGUGACAACCAGAUACAAGCGCAAGUACGUCACGUCAAUCCUCUACAAACCAACUGGGGAUAUCGCAGAGUGA